AUGUGUGGAUCAGUCCUGAACCACACUGACAGUGGUCAAAGUGGAGCCCUGGAGAACAUUGCCAACUUCUUCAAUGUGCACCCUGACCUGGAAGCCUUUGGAAACGGCAACCUGACUCCUCGACCAGAGAACCUGAACUCAGGGAUUUCUGUGGUUUUUCCCAAGCCCUGGUUUAUUGACAGGCGUUUCACGGCAACGCAUAGCAACCGCGCUGCUGGCAAAGGGCUGGCGUGUGGGCGCGGCCAGAACGCAGGGCAGCGCUCUUUGCUGGGGCGGGAGGCACCUAGGGGCAAUGGGGAUCACCUGGCCCUGAACCCGGGGAGCUCCCGCCUCGCAGACGCCCACGCUGCUUCCCUCUGGUUGGCCAACUCCUACUUCCCGCUGGACCCCCUUUGCCAAUCUAACAGCAAAUUCGCCACUCAGAAGAGCGGAGAAAUUGGGGAGGUGCUGCCAGGGGUAGGGGGUACAAGCGUCUCGCAGCUGCGCACAGCCUGCCCUGCGUGUCUCCUCCCUCCUAAAAUAAAAGUCGACCGUGUUCGAAUUCCCCCACUUCCCUUCACCGCACAUCACUUCUCUACCCAUGGCUUUUUGAAAGGCUGGCUUAGUUUGUUACACAGAUCAAGGACUCCAACCGCAGCAACACCUCCGUUCUUCACCAGCCAGAGACGAGGGAAAGGACAGGAAGUCCAGGUUGGCUCUGGCAUUUACAACACAGACAUACAUUCAGCCUCCAGCAGCUCUGGUGACAGGCUUUCCAAACAAGCCCUUGUCGGCAGGGGCCUGGAGUUGGCUCACCACCCCCUCCUUUCACCUCAGUCCCUGAGCCCACCAACCCCUUCCUGGUCUGUAGAGAGAGCAGAAAGCCCAAGCCCAGACCACCUGAGGGUUCUGCAGACUUUGGUUAGUCCAGCCUUCUCCCGCAGCUGCCUCUGGCUCCUGCAGUUUGAACUGUCCCUGGCCCCGAGGCAGGAUGGCCAGCUGGUUCUCAGAAAGCAGUCGGCAGGAAACAGCCAUCUUGGCUCUUUCCCCAGCCUCGCUCCUUCCUCGGCUCCAAUCAGAAAUGCAGUCCAAUGCUGUUGGCCAAGAGCUGGGGCAGAAGAGGCUGAAGGCUUGGUUGGUGCCUGUAGCCAGUCCUGGCAGGGAGCAUGGACGAAGCCCCAGAGGUCACUUCCUCUGUCAUCGCUGACAGGAAGAAUCAAGAAUGGAAAAGAGUGA